AUGAUUUCGCCCAAGGUCAUGAAUGAGCUACACCAGGCUAAGCUUGUGCCAACACAAUUCACCGUGCCUAAACCGGGAGAAAAUGCGUGGUCCCCAGCUGAGCAACGUCGAUUCUGGAAGGCCAUUAAGCGGUUUCCACAAGGGCCUUGGACAGCCAUUGCUGCCUGUGUCGGUUCCAAGUCUACUCGUCAAGCUAUGACCCACGCACAAAAGCUGCGACAAAAGCUCAGUCGAUGGAAACGCCGUGUGCGUAGCGACUCGAUCAAUUCGUUGAGCUCAAUUUCCAGUGCCUCAACCACGACUAAUGAUAAACGAAUCACUUGCAGCAACGAGUCUCAGUCCCCGACAAAAAGUAUCCUGAACCAACCUGAAGAGAGAGACACAAACUUGGCUGAUGAUGGCUCAUCAGUAGACCGUAAAGAAUUUAAUGAGUUGCAAUACUUUGUUGAUCAAGAGCAGGUGCACGAUACGCAUGACGACCGCUACUUGGAGCACCUGCUCUCAGAAAUCGAACCUGUGCUGGAGCACGUUGCGUACUUUACGAACAACACGAUGGGAGCAAAGGAAGCGUCACGGCUACUGACAGCAAAAGGAUACGGCAGCGAGCAAGCGCUCUAUAUAAAGCAUCGUGCUGAUAUUGAAGAGUCAGAGCAUGAAUCCUUAGAGCACACGUGGAGUCAAAGCAUUCCGACGACUGCCUACCAGCAGCGCAGCUCGCAAGCUUCAUCAACAUCAUUUUACUACAUGUCCACCCAAAGCGGCCACAAUUAUAUUUGCCAACUAUAA